ACGGCGCCUCCCUUCACGCAAACUUGUAGCUUGUUGAGUCAGUACUUGAAGGAGAAAGGUAGCUUUGGGGAUCUAACUUUGGGAAUGACAUGCAACGUUGAAACUAAUGGGGCACCGGAGGUUGUCCGUCCGACCAUGAGUUUGUUCCCUAUGGAUCAGAUGCCUUGUGGGAAUAUUGGAGGUCCGAGGAGCUUGAAAUCCAUGGAUUUGUUCCCCCAACAAGCUGGUUUUUCCCUGCCGGACAAAGCUCCGAAAAGGGUUGAUUCUGUUGUUAAUAGCUGUGCUGCAAUGGAGCCUCGAACUGCACCGAUGACUAUCUUUUACGGCGGACAAGUGAUGGUGUUCAAUGAUUUCCCAGCGGAGAAAGCAAAGGAAAUCAUGCUUUUGGCUACCAAGUGCAGCUCCGGAAACAACUUCAACUUGAAUCCCGAAACAAACAUUACUUCUAGCAUGUCUGGAAGCCUGAAUGAAUCCGGCAUCGGAGUUCUUCCGACCUCAAAUGUUGUUCCUGAUCACAGGAACAAUGUAACGAGACAAGAAAGCGUUCAACCUUCUCAGCAGCGACCCAUUGCUGGAGAUCUUCCAAUUGCUAGAAGGGCUUCCCUUCAUCGAUUCCUCGAGAAGAGAAAAGAUAGGAUCACCUCAAAGGGUCCAUACCAGCCAAGUAACUCAGCGGUGGGAACGCAACCGAAGCCCGGAAACAGCAAGCCAUGGUUGGGUUUAGCAGUUGAACCACUGCAGUAGUUUAGGAAUGUAGUUGAUAUGGAGUUUUAAGGCUUGUUUGAGUGUGGUUUCCUUUGAUUUUUGUUUUGUUUUUUCCAGCAGGUUCAUAAUUUAUGACCUCCGUUGGAUCAGC